AUGCUAACGAGAGAGAAUCUAGGAAUAAAAGAAGGUGAAUCGUUGUUUGUAAACAGCAUACUCCAUUUGCAUACGUAUGUGAAGGAGAGCAGAGGUUCCCUGAAAACGAUACUUCAGGCGAUCAAGAAGUUAGGGCCGACGCUGCUAACGGUGGCGGAGCAAGACGCGAACCAUAACGGACCGUUUUUUCUCGGGCGAUUUCUUGAAUCGUUACAUUAUUAUUCGGCGAUAUUUGAUUCAUUAGAAGCAAGAAUGGGGAGAAACAGUAUGGAGAGGAUGAAGAUUGAGAGGAAUCACUUUGCGGAGGAGAUAAGGAAUAUAGUGGCGUAUGAGGGAACGGAAAGGGUGGAGAGACAUGAGAGAGCUGAUCAAUGGCGGCGGCAGUUGGGGAGGGCGGGGUUUCAGGUGGUGGCCGGAAUGAAAGACCGGCAAGCUAUGGUGAUGAAGAGUUUAGGCGGUGGUGAUGGGUAUACAGUGGGGAAUGAUCAGAAAGGGAAUGUUUUGCUUGGUUGGAAAGGGAGGCCGAUCAUGCUGGCGGCGGCUUGGCAGCCAAGCUCCUCCUAG